CACAACUUUUUAAAGUAUCCCAACGCAGAACACUCUCCCUUUCUUUCUUCUCCCACGUUCCACCACACCUCAGCCGUUCACCACCACACCAGUCUACCACCGCCACCACACCAAUCGCUCUCACUCUUUCAACUCCAAAUUCUGUUGUAAAUUCCGCAACUCAAAUUUCACAACAAUGCAUUUUCCUUCACUUUCACAUCAUCAACAACAACAAAACCCAUUCUAAUUCUCCAUACAUUCAAUCCAAUGCCAUGAACGCUUUGUUCUCUCACCUCUCAUCAUUCACAUCUACCAUCCUCGCAAGAACAACUCAAUUCGUAGCAAACCGUUCUCUCCACACAACUCCUCACACUUUCUCAUUCCCAGUUAAAUCACACCAUUCUCUUCUUACCUCAUUUCAUUCUCAAUUCGUUUUAACAACAGUUACUCGCUGCUAUUCCACUAGAAAAUUACGAAAAACUGGUUCUUCCAAGUUGCACAAGGUUGAAGCUGAAACGACAAUGAAUCAGGAACAAAAUGAAAGUGAUGCUUUUUAUGUUGUAAGGAAAGGGGAUGUUGUUGGAAUUUAUAAUACUCUCACUGAUUCCCAAGCUCAAGUUGGAUCUUCGGUAUGUGAUCCUCCUGUUAGUGUAUACAAGGGAUAUUCAAUGUCGAAUGAAACUGAGGAGUACCUUCUCUCGCAUGGAUUAAAGAAUGCUUUGUACACAAUUAGAGCUUCUGAUUUGAAAGAGGAUUUGUUUGGCACGCUUGUUCCUUGUCCUUUCCAGGAUCCUUCUUCUACCCAAGGGACCACAUCAAAUGCAGAUUCAUCUAAAAAGAGAGCUCUAGAAGUGCUUGAACAAAAUAAUGUGCAGAAAGCAACUGGUUUGACAUCCAUCUCUGAAGAUCCCUUGAGAAAGCAAGUCAAGUUAGACCGUGCUGCUCCGGGCGUAGCAUCUUCACUUGCAAAUAAAACUUGUAUUGUUGAAUUCGAUGGUGCGUCAAAAGGAAAUCCUGGAAAAGCUGGUGCUGGUGCUAUUCUGCGAUCUAAAGAUGGGAAUUUGAUUUAUAGGGUUCGUGAAGGUGUGGGUAUAGCAACAAACAAUGUUGCCGAAUAUCGUGCAAUGAUAUUGGGAAUGAGACAUGCUCUUAAAAAAGGAUUCACCAGUAUCUGUAUACAAGGGGACUCUAAACUUGUGUGCAUGCAGAUUGAUGGUUUAUGGAAGGUCAAGAAUGAGAAUUUAUCUACAUUGUAUAAGGUGGCCAAAGAACUCAAGGAUAAAUUUGUUUCAUUCAAGAUCAGUCAUGUUCUAAGGGACUUGAACUCCGAGGCUGAUGCUCAAGCAAAUUUGGCUGUUAAUCUUGCUGAUGGCCAAGUUCAGGAAGACUAUGUAGGUUAAUUCAUUCAUGCCACAAUUAAUGGUUAUUUUUUGGAUGAACACCUUCAAUAUACGGACUGUUGUCAGUUCUUUCAUUUAUUGGUGUCAAUUAUAUAGCAAUCAAAACCUCACAAACGAACGAUUUUGAACUAGUUCUAUAUCACUGUUCAUGGCCAUUUGGUAAUGUUUUCUAGUUCAAUGUAGUUUUACUGAUACAAGCUGGGUAUUGGCCCUCAGCAGCCAGCAGUGCCAAUGAUAGUAAUCUUUAACAUCAUAAGUUUUUCAAUUUCUGUCAAAGGGUGCAGAGUGAAAGAUUCCCAUUAGCCACUUGAAGUGGGAUUUUGUGAUUUUCAUUCUUGGGGAUAUGGUAGACCAAAAACUCUUUAUUGUCUAUUGCGGACAUGAUUAUUAUUACACUAAUUAAUAAUUAUGCUUCUUGGCUGAAAGUGAUGUUUCAUUUCUUGUGGUAAUAGUAUUAAUAUUGGCUCAAUGCCCACUCAUCAAA